AUGGAGAAGAGACUCCGACCAUCUCUCCAAACUUCAGCAGAAGAAUUCCUCAAAUCAGCCACAAAAGGUCUCAUCAAAUCCUCAAAAUCCUCUCUCAAAGCCCUAAUUUACAGUCUCACUCCAUCCUCCGACCUCGCUUCGUCCCUCCCUCCCUCUCUCUACCACUCAAUUUCUCAAUCCAUCACUAAAUUCAAACAAAUCUCCGAUUCACAAACCACCACCACUACCCCUCAAUCAGCUCCUACCAAACGUCUCCGAAGAUCUUCACGCCACGCCAAUAACGACGAAACCGAUUCGGGUUCUCAAAAUCCCGAAGCCAAACUUGAAAAUGCCAAACAAUCUGUAUUGGAAAAUCUUCAGAUUUACGCUUAUGUCGCCCUUUUGUGUGUUUCCCAUCCGAAAAACGUGUUUUCGGCUUCGGAUUUGUUGCCUGCGGUUCGCGAAUUGCACGACAAUCUGAUUCUUUUCGAGGAGAGUUCGGUUUUAUUGUCGGAGAUCGCAAAUGUGUGUGAAGAGUGGUGGAAAGAACAGUUACCAGGAAAGGAGACCUUAAUUUCUCAGUCGUUGCCGUUCUUGGUGUCGAGGUCGUUGACAUUGAAGAAGAAAGUGGAUGUCCAUAGAGUGUAUCUGCUUCGGGAGGCUUUCACGUUGUUUGAUUUCGAGGAUGAGAGUAUUGAAGACUUGAAGCUUUUGCUUAUACGUUGUGUGAUUUCGCCGUUGUACUUGAAGACUGAGGAUGGAAGGAAAUUUAUUGCGUUUAUGUUUGGGUUGAGUGGGCAGCUUGUGAAGGAGGCACUGGCGAUGAUUCGUUCUCAGAUUCCAUUUGGGAAAAAGUCUAUACUUGAGGCAUAUGCCGACAUUGUUUUUAGGGUUUGGAAGGUUGUGGAAGGAAAGUCCAAAGAUGAGAUUGAGAAGGGUUUUUUGCAGGAAUUGGUUGAGAGUGCUAUAUAUGCUAGUUCGGGGUCAUUUGCUGCCUCAAUCAGGAGGGUUUUGGGGGGGUUUAUUACUCAUAGGACCACGGAUGGCAUUGAGAAACUUCUUUUUCGGCUUGCUGAGCCUGUGAUUUUUAGGUCACUACAGGUUGCAAACUCAAAUGUCCGUCAAAAUGCAUUGCACUUACUUCUGGACCUGUUUCCUCUUGAAGAUCCUGAUGCCACAAAGGAGGUUAAAGAUAUAUUGCUAGAAAAGCAGUUCUUCCUAGUGGAGAGAUUACAUACAGAUGAAUGCCCUGAUAUAAGAGUCGCAGCAGUAGAAGGUUCUUGUCGUAUACUUCAUAUGUUUUGGGAAAUUAUUCCUUCUUCAACCAUUACAAAGAUAAUCACCAAAAUUCUUGAUGAUAUGACCCAUGAUGCAUGCAAUGAGGUCAGACUUUCCACAGUAAAUGGCAUUAUGUAUUUACUUGGGAAUCCUCAAUCUCAUGAGAUCCUUAUAGUGGUCCUACCCAGAUUGGGGCAUUUGCUUCUGGACUCUACCCUUUCCAUACGUGCUGCUGUUGUAGAUCUCCUUCUUCUUAUAAGGGAUAUACGAACUUUCCAGUUUCAUAAGGUGGUAAGUUUGGACAUAUUACUGUCCAUCCUCUCAAAUGAUCAACCGCUUGUUGCUCAGAAAGUCACUAAACUUCUUAUACCAUCGUACUUUCCUUCAAAAGUGACUCCGGAAGAAGCAUGUAAUCGUUGUGUCACACUUAUUAUAAGGUCUCCAUUAGCUGGAGCAAGGUUCUGUGAGUUUGCUUUGUCUGAAGGGGCAUCUUUGUUGUCCCUUAAGAAACUUUUUAAAGUUUUAAUCAAUUUUGCUCUGUCACCUGCUAAGCUCGAUGCAGACCAGAUUGAUGGUUUGCUUGUUGCUGCUGCCUAUCUUUGCAUCAAUCUAGUUCGCGAUGCAUCUUACAAGGCUGCCCUUAAAGAGGAGUUGUCUAGUGAAAAGCUAAAGGGCUUGCUCCAUUCUGCGACAACUGGGCGUGCUCAGUCUUCUGUAUGUGACAUUAUUUCAGCCAUCUCUCCAGAUUCUGUAGAUGGUCUUCUUGAACAGUGUAUGAGCUUGGUCACAAAUUGUAGUGGUUUGCAUAAUAAUGUAGAAAGACAAGCCGAAGCAAGGUCUGUUCAUAAGAUGAUGCUGUCUUGUGAUUUAUUUGAUGAUAUGUUUGAAGCUUUAACAAUGGUUCUGCAAAAAACUGCACACGGAUGCCAUGCCAAGUUUGGUACAGAACUACCAAAACCCAGUGUCUCCUCUACAAAACAGAGGAAAAUCAAGCCCUCGGUUAGGAUUUCAGCUAAACGAAAACCUGGCAGUGGGAAAAAGUCUUCCAGUACAGAUGCCAGUAAAUUUGAAGAGGAUUAUGCUCUUGUUGUAGGAAUAGCCUGGCAAAUAAAGGACUUUCUUAUCUCUGAAGUUGCAAGGAAAGCCAUGUUAGAGUGUGAAAUAUUGGGAACUGCAUUUGGUGCUUUGAAGAUCAUUUCAGAGGUCAGCAUUGUGCAGUGCAUGCAGUGUGAUUACAUGAACACAUAUCCAGUUUUGGCUUACACAGCCCUUACCCUGCAUAUGUCUUCUGAAAAUGUUGGGCUGAAUGGUACCAAAAAUCGAGGUAUGAAGGACUGUGCUGAUGCUGCAAGAUCAUCUUUGGAGCGAACAUUGUUGGAUCAGACAAUGGAUCAUCUACUUGACUGUACCAAUAAGCUAUUAGGAGCAGCUGAUUGCAAAAUGUCUGGCAACAUGCUUUCACGUGCUAGGGACAUCAACGGGUUAGCCCAUCGUGGUGGACAAAAGCACAGGGAACCUCAAAGUGGUGCCUCUAGCCCUAGUGACAGUGGUAAGUGGUUGUGGAGAGGAACCAAAUCUACAGAUAACAGUACACAUAUUUUACUGAAUAAAUGGCUUGACCUCGCCUUAGGCAAGCCCCAUGUCAAGCUGGGAGACUCAUUUCUGCACAGCUAA